CUGGUAUCCAGGAUGGGCUGAGGAGGAAGGCUCGGGCCAGCCCACACUGCCUGGACAUCUCUGAGCUCAUCCCUGUGAACGGGCAGCACACUCCUCCCAUUUCCAGGGAACUGGCCCGGAUGCCUUCGGUCCAGCCCUCUAGGCCCCAGAGGACACGAGAGGAUUUAGGGCAGGUGGUGAGUGCAGUGGCUCCAGCAGAUCUCAGAGAGGCUCCCAACAGCAGGUGAGAAGGCUCGGUGCCCCUCCAGCCACGCACCUGCUCUGCCCAGGGCCGCCCGCCGCCGAGCCAGCCGGGAUGUUCGGGCUCUGGAGAACCAUCAACAAUGUGCUCUUCUACCUCACCCUGGCCGUGGGCCUCGCAGGCCUGCUGGGCAACGGGCUGGUCCUCUGGCACCUGGGCCUGCACAUCAAGAAGGGCCCCUUGUCCCUGUACCUGCUCCACCUGGCGGCCGCCGACUUCCUGUUCCUCGGCUGCCAGGUGGGCCUCUCCGCGGCCCAGGCCGCCCUGGGCACCCAGGACAGCCUCUACUUUGUGGUCCCCUUCCUGGGCUUCUCCGCGGGCCUCUGGCUGCUGGCGGCCUUCAGCGCUGAGCGUUGCCUCUCCCACCUCUUCCCGGCCUGCUACCGGGGCCGCCGGCCCAGGCACACCUCCGCCGUGGUCUGCGGCCUCAUCUGGGCCCUGACGCCGCCCGCCGUGCUGCUGCCGGCCCACGCCUGCGGCCUGCUGGGGGGCCGCGCGCGCCCGGGGACCUGCCUGCGGUACCACGCGGCCAGCGUCACAUGGCUGCUGUCCCUGGUGUGCGGGGCCUGCGGGGCCGGCCUGGUGCUCUUCGUCUGGGGGGGCUGCUGCUCCCAGCGCCCGCGGCCCCAGUUUUUCGGGGUCACACUGGGCUCCGUGCUCCUGCUCCUGCUCUGCGGCCUGCCCCUGGUCUUCUGCUGGAGCCUGCGGCCGCUGCUCGGCUUCCUGCUGCCGCUCUUCCUCCCGCUGGCCACGCUGCUGGCCUGCGUCCACGGCAGCGCCAGGCCGCUCCUCCACUUCAUGGCCGGCCGCCAGCCGGGCCCCCGGCAGCCCCUGCGGGCCGUGCUCCAGCGAGCCCUGGGGGAGCAGGCCCCGCUGGAGGCCGGGGGGCUGUCCCUGCCCAUGGGCCUCCUGUAGCUGCCAGCCCCGGGCGGACCCUUCCGGGGGGACCCCGCGGCAGCCCCGGCUCAGCGGCCCAGGGGACCGCAGGCUGAGGACAGGGCCAAGGCGGUGGUCCUGACCCCUGCAGCCCCCGGAGCCUGAGGAGGUCCAGGAGCCCGGGGGUGGGGAAGGACCCAGGGGCGCCGAGCAGCGCAUCCCCAGACAGAGCCC